AUGGAUGCCGAUGUCUAUGGGAUCGAUAUCGAUGAUGACGAUGACGAAGAUGCUGGCAUAUUCAGCAUCACCAAUGACCACCAAAGUGAGGACGAUGACACCCUCACUGGUGAUGACAACGUUCUUUCAGCAGUGCACACGAAGCACACUGCUGUUGAUAAGGAUGAACCAGCAGAGGAAUUUCUGCUGACUCGCGAAGCGGCUGUCCGCUUCGUUCAAGACUCUGUUGCAGAUGCACUAGACGGACAGAAGAGAAAUGCAGACAAACGUGGAAGAGCAAAUGUUCUUUAA